GAUGCCCACUGUUAUCAGGCAUCCUGCAACACAUGAGAUUUAGAAAGAGAGAGCGAGGAUGACCGCAUACGUCUGUAUUUCCCCAGAAGACAAACACGACGUCUCCGACCACUGAAACAGGUGAAUUGCGUCAGAAACCGAGCAUCAGAAAACAGACUCAAUACAGUGACUCGGACACCUAGACAGUGUUCCUGUGUGACAAGUUCUCCUCAAGACUGGAGAGACUGGAGGUCAGAGAGCUUGUACCCUGGCCGUCUCCCCCAGGGUCCUUCCAUCAAGGUGGGAAGGGGGGUCAGCCGAAGCAAUCACAUGGAGGGCAGGCCUCUCUCGCCCCUCUUGCUGGCCGUACUGUUUCUGGCAACAAGUGCGAGCGAUGAUGACCACUCACUGCACACGCAUCAGGUCAGUACGGCUCAGUGUGGAGAAUACAGUAAUCAGGUCCUGGAGGAUGGCAUGUGUCGACUCAUGGCCACGCUACCCCAGCUGGACGACCAGCGCUGCCCGGACAUGUUCCGCUGUACAGAUGAAGUGUCAUACUGGCUUCAUGAGAAUGAGGAACGCAAACAGCAGAUCCUGGCCCUGCGGGAGACAGUGUCUGAACUUCAGGAGGAGCUUCGCAACCACCGUCAUCGAGUCAAAGUCUUAGAAUUACAGAGUGAAGAGAAGAACCACAAUAAUUCAUCUACUGAGCAGCGCUUGCAUGAGCUGGAGGACCAUUACGCGGAGGCCACGACCUUGUUGCACAUCCAGGGCUCAUUGAUCUAUGACCUCCAGGCCCAGAUUCAGAACCUCUCCCUACUGGUGGAAAAAGUCAGACGUAACCCGGGCUGCAUGAUCAACAUAGUCCGCACCAGCCCAAUGCUCAGUGCACAGGAAGCCCUGCAUCCUGAGGUGCAGCAUGUCAGGAACUGCCCCAUCGACUGUGCCUCCAUCUACUAUAACGGAGUGCGGCGCUCUGGGAUCUACACCGUGGUGCCCUCACUAGGGGCCAUGCCUGUGGAAGUCUACUGUGAUAUGGACACGGACGGUGGCGGCUGGACUGUGAUCCAGCGUAGGCAAGAUGGCUCUGUGAACUUUGACCGCAGCUGGAAGGAGUAUAAAGAGGGAUUUGGAGACCUGCACACCGAAUACUGGCUGGGAAAUGAACACAUCCAUGACCUGAGCGGUCAGGGAAACUAUACUCUCCGUAUUGACCUGGAGGACUGGAGCGGGAAACACAAGCACGCUGUUUAUCAGAGUUUCAGUGUGGAGGCCGAGAGCACUCGGUAUCGUCUGCAUGUGGCGGGCUUCAGCGGGACUGUGGAGGACUCUUUCAGCUGGUACCAUGACAAGCAGAGCUUCAGCACACCCGACACGGGCAACAUCUGUGCCGAGAUCUCCCACGCUGGCUGGUGGUACAACCAGUGUUUCUACGCAAACCUCAAUGGCAUCUACUACAAGGGUGGUCGCUACUCGCUGAAGGGGAAGAACCCUCUUGGUCCGGACGGUAUCGUGUGGUACACCUGGAAAGAUUCAGACUACUACUCUCUGAAGAAGGUCAGCAUGAUGAUCCGACCCAGAACCUUCCGACAGCAUCUGUCACCCUGAAUCAGGUCCAACCAAUGAGCUUGGGCCUAUAUGUCAACCAGCCAAUCACAGUUCUCAUAGCCACAGCGACACAGGAUGGAUGGAUUCUUCCAUUGUGAAACAGAGGAAAAUCUGUGUAUGGACUGAAUGUUUUCAAGAAGGCCGUGAAACAAGUUUUUAGGUUUAUACCAAAGACAAGACAAGGACUGAUCCUGAGACAGUGAAAACUAUCAUUGAAUGUCAGUGUUUGCCAUUCAGUGAGUCCAAAGUUUAUGCUACAUGCCUAUAUUUUCUAUACCCAUGGUUUUAAUUAAAUAUUUUGUUGACUUAUUUUAUAAAUGUGUAUUAAAAGUAGAUUUAGUUUCUGGUGCAUAUAA